AUGGUUGAAUGUCCGAUAUGCCAAAAGACCGUGCUUUUGUCAGAAAUCAAUCGCCACCUCGAUUCGGGGUGCGAGGCGUUCUGUGAAAAUGUGUCAUCCUCUAGCUUGUUAUCUAGUGGGCCAAAUCCGGGAUGCGAUCGUCCCCUCGAGGUCACAUCCAACAGUGCUGUUGAUGAUGAAGAACGUCCCGAUCGAAUUCAUCACACUAUACCGAUUGCAAGACCACUGGUUACAGAGAGCACGAAGAGAGUGUUCGACCAACAACAAAGCUGCGAAGAAGAGAAACGAGAUACCAGGACGGAACAUACUAGAAAACGACUCAAGCCAGACAAUGCACCAUUGGCAGAGCGAGUUCGCCCUGGAUCCUUUGACGAUAUUGUGGGCCAGAACCACCUUAUAGGGCCUAAUGGAACAAUCCGUCAGUUUGUUCAUGAGGAUAAGAUUCCCAAUAUGAUAUUCUGGGGGAGCUCGGGAACUGGAAAAACCACAAUCGCCCGCAUCAUUGGAGAUGUCUCGAGAAGAAGAUUCUAUGAAAUUGGUAGCACGAUCACGACAGUCACAGAGUACAAAAAUAUCAUUGAAAAGGCAUUCAAGGAUCCGGACAAAGGGCUAAGGCCGUCUAUUGUGUUUUGCGACGAGAUACACCGCAUAACAAAGCCACAGCAAGACAUACUCCUUGACGCUAUCAAAACCGGUCGCAUUGUUCUGAUUGGAGCUACAACAGAGAAUCCAUCUUUAACAAUACGUCAUGGCCUCGUUUACAAAUGUGCAGUGUACACCCUCACCAAACCGAAAGACGCGGACGUACGGAAGAUGCUUCAUAGAGUGGUUGAAGAACAGGGCUUACACUCCCAUCUCCUCGACGAUGAACUCCUUGAAUACCUGUCAAACUUCGCCGAUGGUGAUUGUAGAUUGUCGCUGAAUCUCCUGGAGAUAGCGUGCGACCUAUCUAAGCGAGACGGGAUGACCGGGGAAAGAUUGAGAAAUUCUCUCACGAUGCAUCUAAACUACGACCGGUCGGGAGACCAGCAUUACGACACUAUCUCGGCCUUCCACAAGUCAAUCCGAGGCAGUGACGCCGAUGCUGCACUGUACUACCUGGCGAGAAUGCUGAAGUCUGGGGAAAAUCCACUGUUCAUCGCGCGUCGUCUUGUUGUAGCAACAUCGGAAGACAUCGGACUUGCUGACAACGUCUUGCAAACCUAUGCGACUUCGGUAUACUCCGUGCUUGAGAAGCUGGACAUACAAGAUGCACAAGCCUCGCUGGCACAACUGGUAAUUAUGAUGUGCCUAUCGAAGAAGAGCACUCGCUCAUACAGAGGCUUGAAUAAUGCUUUUGCUUGUCUGAAAGAACCUGGUGCUGCUAAUGCGCCUAUUCCAUAUCAACUUCUCCCUAUUAGUCCAAAAACCAAAACGAUGGUUGAAGAAUUUACUACGCCUCAUGUAUUUUCUAAAGGAAAGGAAACGAACUUUCUACCUGAAUGCCUGAAAGGGCGGAAGUUCUUGGAAGAUACUGAUUUCUUGUUCAAGAGAGACCCUGAUCUUACUUAUCGAUAA